GAGGCUUCAGAGGAAGACGUGGUCUGAAAUGCGUUACAGAUGAAUGACUCUCCAGGCUGUGUGCUGACUCCAGGAACCAAGAAGGAGCUUAUUCCCAAGAAAAAGGAAAAUGUUGUAUGCCCGGAUCCUUGCCCUGGCAGUGGCUGUGGUGCAGUACAGAGCCGUGGCCAUUCAUGAAGCAUGCAGGACGGCGGAGGUGGCCGACAUUCUGUUCCUUGUGGGGCAGUCCCAGGGCGCAGGGAGGGAGAGCUCCUGGCUGGUCAAGGACUUCAUCGUCAGCAUGGCCCGUUCCUUUGAGAACGUGGUGAUGGGCAAAGGAGGCAUCCGGCUGGCAGUGGCACUCUACGAGGAGAAACCAAGGAUGAGUAUUGAGCUCACGGAUUACGUGACCAUCGAAGAAAUGCUGGUGGCAAUUCAGGAUCUCUCCCUCAAAGGUGGCAGCUUAAAGACCGGGUCAGCCUUGGCCUUUGCGGCUCACACCAUGUCUCGCCAGGACACGCUGCGAGAGGAUGCAGCAAAGGUAGUUGUUUUGAUCACGGAUGGAAAAUCCAGCGAUUCAGUUGAAGAUGAAGCCCGGGUCCUGCAGGAUGGGGGGGUGACGGUGUUUGCUGUAGGAAUUAAGGGUGCUGACAAGAAUGAACUGAGCAAAAUAGCAUCAGAGCCCACUGCAGAGCACGUGCUUUACAUUGAAGAUUUCCACCUGCUCCACAAUGUGGCCCCCAAGCUCUCUCGAAGGCUCUGUUUCACUGCCUCAGAGCCACCACAACCAGUCAAACAGACUGUACAAGCUGAGAAGAUCAUCGGCCCCCGGGAUUUGUAUGUCAGCGAGCACAGCCACAGCUCGCUGCGACUCACGUGGAUGCCAGCUACAGGGAGGGUGACGGGGUACCGUGUCCAUCUGCAUCCCUUGCUGCCUUCAAGGAAGCCCGUUUCAGAGGACCAGCGGCAGAUUAUGCUGGAUGGUGACAAAAGUACAGUGCUGGUGACUGAUCUGAAACCCAACACCAAGUAUGUCUUCACGGUGAGGGCUGUCUAUGCGGAUGCCCUUGGGGAGUCGGUGGCUGUCAAGGGGAAAACAACACCUGUGCCUCCGGUCACUAAUUUCCGUGUGAUAGAAGAAGGACUUUUUAGCUUGAAGGUGGCUUGGACACCUCCACUGGGGAAGCUGGAGGGCUACAAGAUCUACAUCCCCAGAGCCAACAGACCAGGAAUGACCUACGAGCAGGUUCUGCGGGACGAUGUCUCUUCCCACGUGCUGGAUAACUUGCAGGAGGAUAGAGAAUACAGCAUCAGCAUCUACGCCGUGUACCCCCAGGGGCCAAGCCAGCCUGUGGCUGCUGUGGGAAGAACAUUGAAGCUCCUGCCUGUGAAAAGCAUCUUGCUGCAGAAUGAGACCACCGACACGCUCCAGGCAAGGUGGAGCCCCGUCCGGGGAGCAACAGGGUACAGACUCACCUGGACAUCAGCAGAGGGCAGCAUCCAAGACGUGAAUCUCAGCAACACCUACAGCUACUACAUGAUCCAGGGGCUGCAGCCUGGCACAGAGUACACUGUCACCAUCAACCCCAUCUUUGGGGAAGUCGAGGGCCCGGUGGUGAGCAGUAAAGCAACAACAGUGGCAUCAAGCACUGUCCAGAUGCUAAAAGUGAGUGAGAUAUCCAUCAACAGCGCCCUGGUCUCCUGGGACUCGGUUGCUGGGGCCACCGGGUACCGAGUGGCUUGGGGUCCUACACCAGAGUUCUUUGGCAAAGACCGUCCUCGCCAGCUGGCCCUCAACAGGUCAAUCACAGCCUACCGGCUCCGCAACCUGGCCCAUGACACCGAGUACGUGAUUUCCCUCUAUGUGCUCUUUGGCUCGGUGGAGGGACCGGGGAUCACAACCUCAGCCAGGACAUCUCCUCUUGGCUACGUCUCCAAUUUCAAGGUGAUGUCCUACACCAGCACAAGCCUGUCUCUGGUGUGGAGUGCCACAGCAGCUGCCACCAAAUUCAAAGUCACCUGGAGCCCUGUGGGAGCCGGCAAAGAAAAACAGGUUGCCAAGACUCAGUAUUUGGGCAGUAGGGUGUUGGCUUACCGGAUUGACCACUUGCUGCCCGACACCCUGUAUAAAGUCAGUGUUCGGGCUGUCUUCAACAAGACUGAGGGGCCAGAGGUGACUCUGACUCACCACACAGCGCCUCUUGCAGAGUCCAACCCCAUCCAGGCCGUUCAAGAUCUGAGGAUUACUGACACUGGCGUAAAUACUUUGAAGCUGUCUUGGAGGAGGCUUCCUGGGGUAACUCAUUAUAAGAUAUCCUGGGUGCCGUUCAAUGGUGGCUUGGAAACCUCCCGGGUGGUUGCAGCAGAGACGGUCUCCUUCACGAUCCCCAAACUGAAGGAGAGCACCACCUAUACCAUCUGCAUGUCUGCAAUGAUCGGGGGCCAGGAGGGAAGCCCCACGCUCCUCACAGCCAAAACUUUGGAUUUACCCAAAGUGACUGAGUUCACAGUGCAGGAGGCUGCGGAGACCAGCGUUUUGCUGACAUGGACAGCUGUUCCUGGGGCAUCCACAUACCUAUUAACGUGGCGCUUGUCUUCAGCUUCUGAUCUUUCCCAGGAACUGGUAUCAGCAGCUUCUAGAUCGUAUCGAGUGGCAGGACUGAGUGCCAAAGAAACAUAUUUGUUUUCUAUAAGAGCAGUCUUUGGACAUACGGAGGGACCAGAGACAACACUCCUUGGGCAAACAGUGGGACCUCACAGAGAGUCACCUGGGCCAAUCGCUCCAGUGACUUCUACAAAAUUGGAUACGAUGAGAUCUCUGUCUGUAUCUCCUAGCGAUGUGGGGACCACUCCUUUUCCACUGGCCACCACCACAAUGUUACCACCGACCCCAGAGACCCUACUGUCCACCACCGCAGUGUCCGCACUGCUGACAGCUCUUCCAGGGCCAAUCUGUGGCAAGUUCAAAGCAGACAUUGGGUUCCUGGUGGACGAGUCCUCAAGUAUUGGCCAGAGCAAUUUCAAUAAAGUGAAGGAUUUCCUCUUCCGGAUCAUUUCCUAUUUCCCUAAGAUUGGGCCUGAAGGGACACAGGUUGCUGUUGCACAGUACAGCGAGGAGCCCAGGGCAGCUUUCCACUUCAACCAACACCGGGACCGCAACAGUGCCCUGAAAGCCGUCAAGGGACUGAGCUAUGCUGGAGGCAACACAAAAACAGGUCGUGGUAUAACCUACAUGCUAAAGGAGUUCUUUCAGUCCUCCAGAGGGAUGAGACCAGAUUUCCCUCACGUGCUGGUGCUGGUGACUGAUGGGCGAUCCCAGGAUGAUGUGUUGCUACCAGCCAGAGCAGCCCAUGGUUUGGGGAUCCGCAUCAUUGCUGUGGGUGUCUCAGGAGCUGACCCCGUUGAACUCAACAGCAUCUUGCUGCAGCAGAACCUCCAGAACGUUUUCUAUGUCAGCACAUUCGACGACUUCCCCCAGAUCCUCCGCGAGCUGAUAGAAGUCAUUUGUUCUGACCCUCAGCCUUCAGGGGCCCAGCUGCCAUCUGGGGAGAGCUUCAGGAGCUCACCAGCUCAUGGAGGCUAUGACCCAUACAGCUUUACUACAAAGGGGGAGAAAGGAGAGAGGGGUCUACCUGGGAAGGACGGCAUUCCCGGGCUGCCGGGCAGACCGGGGCGGACAGGUCCUCCUGGUCCCCCUGGACUCAUGGGUCUCCCUGGCAUUCAAGGUGAUAUUGGAUCUCCUGGCUAUCCUGGACCAGUGGGGCCAAAAGGAGACAGAGGUGAACCAGGCUACGUGCUGGGAGGAGUGGAGGUGAUUCCUGGCCGAAAUGGCCAGCCUGGCCCCCCCGGACAGAAAGGGCAACCGGGGGUUCCUGGGGUAGCAGGGCCACCAGGUUUACCAGGGCCACAGGGGCCACCAGGGAUCUCCAUCAAGGGUGAACCCGGGGAUUCAGGUAUCAGGGGCCCUCGUGGGAGGAAUGGCCUCAAGGGUGACAGAGGAGGCGUGGGAGAACCGGGGAGACCUGGCUUGCCAGGCCCUGUAGGGCUAGAUGGUGUUCCUGGACUGCCUGGACCAAGGGGAGAAAAGGGGAUGGCAGGAACUGGCAUUCCCGGCGCUGCUGGCAUGAAGGGGGAAGAAGGAGAGCAGGGGGCGAUGGGACCUCCAGGACCACCGGGACCAAAGGGUAACAAAGGGCAAGGUGGUGUUAAAGGGGACAAGGGACUCCCAGGACCUCCAGGGCAGAAGGGAGACCAGGGGAACCCAGGAUUUCCAGGUGCUCCAGCUAUGGGGGUUUUGGGGCCUCCAGGCAAGAAAGGUGUCAGGGGAGAUACUGGACCAACAGGGGCCCUGGGACCACGAGGGGACAAGGGAAUACAAGGAGACAAAGGAGAGAAGGGAAGUCCAGGUUUUGGCAUUCCUGGUCAACCUGGGCUGAAGGGAGACCCAGGCGACAGGGGAAAUGUAGGUUUGUCUGGCAAACCAGGUCAGAAGGGGGAUAUAGGUCUGAAGGGAGAGAAGGGUGAACCAGGAUUACCUGGGAAACCAGGCGAGACCGGACUAAGAGGUAAAGAUGGAGAACCAGGGCAGAAAGGCACCUCUGGGACCAAGGGGCCGCCUGGACUCCCAGGACGGCCUGGAGAGCAAGGGAUAAAAGGCGAUACGGGACAACCUGGAAAGGAUGGAAUCACUGGAGAGAAGGGAGACAAGGGCGAAGCUGGUGAGCCUGGGCUGCCUGGGACUCCUGGAAGCAUUAUGUCUUCUCUGGAGAACGCCAUCACCCUGAAAGGCAACAAGGGGGAUCGUGGGAAGGAUGGCUUGAAAGGAGAAAGAGGUCCUCCAGGCCCAAAGGGAGAACCCGGUCCCCCAGGCAAAGGAGUGGAAAUGAAGGAUCUGGAGAGGCUUUUUGAAGCAAAUGGUAUCAAGCUGGCACUGCUGAAGGACCUCUCCAAUGCACUCCUGCGGGACGGGCUGGAUGAGCUGGUGCGGCAGCUGGGUGGCUCCAGAACCAGCAAGACCUCCAGGAGAAAGCAGGCAGCUCUGCAUGCCACUGAGCAUGGCGAUUCACUGGUGUUCGAUACUUCUCCUGAUGCUGUGGCCAGCACCGAGGUGACAGAAGAGGCACAGAGCCUGGAGGUGGAGGCUCAGUUUAGGGUGCUGCCGAUGUCUGAAGGACUCCUUAAGGGUCCCUCUGCUGGUGGUUCUGAACCUGAGUAUCAGCCCCUGGGAAACCAUCCUGAGUCCUUGGAGAAAACAUCUGAGGAAAGAAGGAAGGACAGAGACUCAAGAGAGACAAACACUUCUCUUGGCAGUAGCUUGGCUGUGCCCCCACCACGCCCAGAAGAUGGUCUUCAAGGAAGCCAGUCCAUGGAGCUUCUCAGGUCCUUGGAGGACAGGGUGGAAGGACAAUCACAGCAGGACACUAGCCAUGAAAAUGUGAAUUUAGACGACGGCUCUGCGCUCCCAAGGCACGUUAGAGCCCAGAGAUCAGCUGAGGACCAGAGACACGUGGUUCACCCCCCUGGUGCCCCUGGAGCUUGGAAAUCCCCGUCGGGAUCCACGGCAUACCCAGGCCCUCAUCACCUGAGGAGAAUUAAGAAGGAGGAAACUGGUCCAGCAGAUCUGCCCUUCCAUGGCCAAAAGGGAGAAAUGGGAGCUCCAGGAGUCCGUGGAGACAAAGGAGAAAAGGGGCAGCCUGGGGAGAUGGGGGAACCUGGAGAAAAGGGCAGCAAAGGAGACAGAGGUGAAAAUGGUCAAAAGGGAGAACCAGGAAUCGGGUUCAGAGGCCCUGUUGGUCAGGCUGGGCCACCUGGAUUUAAGGGUGAGCCAGGGGCCCCAGGACCUCCAGGAGCUCAGGGCAUCCAGGGCAUUCGUGGCAACGCUGGCACCCCGGGGUCACAGGGGGACAGAGGGGCUCCAGGUCUGCCUGGGAUGCCAGGACAGAAGGGGGAGCGUGGGAAGAGAGGACGGAAUGGAUUUGCUGGGCCCUCAGGACCAUCAGGAUCCCCAGGAAAAGAGGGGAUUUCUGGGACACCCGGACCCAAAGGCAACAAGGGAGAAAUCGGCGUUGGAGCAACUGGCCCAAGAGGUCCUCGCGGACUGCCUGGCCCUCGGGGUGACAAGGGCAUCGUGGGCAUCCGGGGCCCUACUGGCAUGAUGGGUCUAAAAGGUUUCCCGGGUGUGAAAGGCGAAAGAGGUGAUCGGGGACUUCUGGGACCCAAGGGAGAAAGAGGUGAGCCCAUGACUAUUUUUGGACCCCAGGGCUAUAAAGGCAGUAAAGGAGAUCCCGGUGAACGGGGCCUGCCAGGUUUUGAUGGAGACAAAGGCGAGAAGGGAGAGGAUGGGCCUGUAGGAGAAAAGGGAGUCAAAGGUGAAGCUGGCUCCAAGGGAGUGAUGGGGCUUUUUGGAACAAGAGGACCAGUGGGACAGAAGGGGGAGCCAGGAGAACCAGGCUUGCUGGGCUCUGCCGGUGCGGCAGGUCUUAAUGGAAAGAAUGGAAACAAGGGAGCCAAAGGCGACAGAGGUCUUCAGGGGCAGAAGGGGAAGCCGGGAGAGAAAGGAGAUCCUGGGACCACUGGUGACAUUGGGCAGAAAGGAACAAAGGGCUUACGAGGGCUUCCGGGACGCAUCGGUGCUCCUGGAGCCGAAGGCAUCAAGGGAGAAAUUGGCAGUCCUGGAAAACCAGGAAUCCCAGGAUCAGAUGGACCAUAUGGACCAAAGGGUGAACAGGGAGCAUCAGGGGACGAUGGUGCCUCGGGGAUUCCUGGAGAGAAAGGAGAAAAGGGGGCCAAAGGAGUUCCUGGCCUGGGAGGCUUCAAAGGACAAAUGGGAUGGCCUGGGAAGACUGGAGUCGCUGGACCAGAUGGACCUCAAGGGCCACAGGGUGAACCAGGGCCACAGGGUCCACGAGGGAAAAGAGGGAGACCUCAGCUCUGCCUCAGGGGACCUCCAGGCGUGGAUGGCAGAAAAGGAGAAAUGGGUGAAAAUGGUCCAGCCGGCCAGAAAGGAGAAAAGGGAGAUCCUGGUCUUUCUGAGGAAGAGGUGAAGGAGGUGGUCAGGAGUGAAAUGAGAGGCAAAUGCGCUUGUGGAGGUGAGCUGGGAAGGAUGCUCAUGGAAAGGGGUCUGGAGGCAACUGAAAUCAACAGGCAGCUCCAAGGGUUCCAAAAGCUCCAGCUUUGGGAACACAUCAGAAGAGAUGGUGAAAGCCAGGAAGAAAUGCUUAACAAAACCCAGAGGAUGGCCACAUUGGUGACAUCAGUGAAGCCCUUCAGGGAUCCACCUUCCCCUAUUGCAGCGGCUCCCCGGGAGCAGCAGAUAACGGGUCCCUCUCAGCAGAAGCAGCGAGAAGCCCACAGUCAAUUACCAGCCCCCUGCCUGCAGCCGAUGGAUGAGGGCUCCUGCCAUCACUACGCCCUGCUCUGGUAUUACCACCCAGAGGCGAACGCCUGCCGGCCCUUCAUCUUUGGGGGAUGCCGAGGCAACAGCAACCGCUUCAAAACCAAGUGGAAAUGUGAGCGGCAGUGCAAAACCUCAGCAGACAGAGGGAGGUGAUCGGCUGCAAUUGCCAUGUUUAAAUAAAAAAGAAAUGGAGCUGCAAGAAGUGUCUCCAGGACGUCUCGAAGACUGGACAAGCAAGACAAACCAUUUAAUGUGAGGAGGCAAAGGAAGUUUGAAAAAAGAUGUUGGAAGACUGUAAUUAUGAGCAGGAAUUAAAGUGGUAUGAGGAGAGGGACGCAUCUGAUUGCUUGGGAAAGCAGAGAUGUCCAGAGGCUCAUGACUGCACCGCUCGCCCCAUAGGACUACCAUGCAAAACUGGGCGCCACAUACCCUUGAGUUUAUUUUUGUAAAAUAAAAGUGUGUUAAUGCUGCUGUGCAUAAUCCUAGUUCAUAAUCCUGAGAAGGACAGAGAGAAAGCUGGGAAUUUCCAUUAUGUCAUUUCCAUUAUGUAUUCCCCAUGUCAGACCAGGUGUGCAGGUUGAGCUCUGUCCUGUAGCAGGUAACCUUUCAGCUCGUCCCUAAACUCCCUAUGGCCUUUAGCAAGUCCCACCUUCUCCAUCACUUGACCAUUUCCUGGGCAGGUGAAGAGGAGCCAUCCCAAACCAUACAUUAAGAAAAAAUCAGGAUUCAAAACCAGACGGGGCUUCUCCCUGCAAAAUGCCAACGCCAAGUCUUGGAGGCAUUUGGAGCUCAGAGAGGUGCGGAAAUCCAAGUGGGAGGGUAAACCUCUGGGUUUUGGUGGCCACGUGGACCCAGCUGGGAGGGGUCCGUUCCGAUAGCGUCUCCUCCGAGCACACAUCGUCAAUGUGAGCAUCCAUGGGUGCAAGCCUCCAUUCCUCUCUCCACAACAGGUUCCCAAUACACACGCCCAAAGCUUCUA